UUGUUUGAUGUUAUUAUGCUUGUUAUUAUCAAAAGAGUUUAAAAGAGAUAGAUACUAAAAGAAAGAACAGAAAAAGAGACUGAAACGUAUUCCAUUAUCCCCUUUUUUUUUGCGUCAAGAAAAAAAAACUUGCCUUUUCUACACACAUAUUUUUUUUUCUAUUUAAACAAACAAAAAAAAACUUCCUUUCUAAUUUUUCUUUCUUUCUUUAAUAAUGCGACAUAAAUCAACGAUAUUUAAAGCAACAAGUUUGCCUGCAAUCAAUACUGACUUUCAGGAAGACCGCAACAUGAAUUACGGACAUAAUUUAACUAUAUUAGAAGAAGACUGGAACAAUAGCAGUCAGCAAAUUAGUAUCCCUUCUUCUAGUAACAUUAGUUUAUUCGAAAUCUGUCAUUGUUGUGGACAACAUCACUGUCAGAAUUUGGACUAUUUUAAUCGCACUAUUAAAAAACUCGAAUCAGACACUCGUUUAGCAGCAGAGAUUGGACAAGGCUUACUUCAUAAACACGAAACGUUUGUCAAUGAAUCAAAUCAAUACAAGGCACAAUUAGAAAAGCAGUUGACCGAGUACCACGAAAAAAUCAUUGAAUUAGAACAAUCACUGGAUCAAGUUGAAAAUGAAAAAGAUGAUCUUGUCAAAGAAAAAAACAAAUGGCUCUGGGAAUAUCAGAAGAGACAGAAGAUACUUGAUGAGACAAUAUCUGACUUGGAAAUGGCAAAUGAAAAGUGCAAACAAUUAUCAAUUGAACUUGAAUCGAAAUCAAAUGAAUUGGAAAAAUUACGACUCUUUAAAUUCAUGGUGCGCCAUUCUGAGUCCCGAGAAGAAGUAUUGACAUCCAAAUUGGAAGAUACAAAUCAAGAAUUAGCCUUGUGUAGAAGAAAUGAACUUGUGUUGGAAUCAAAGAUAAAAAAACUAAAGACAAGAUAUGAAUCCUUGUAUAAUGCUCAUGAACAGUUGAGUAAGCAUGUUGAAGAAAAUAGUGCAUUGAAUGAUCAUCACCGUCAUCAUACUUCUGAUGCACUCAAGUUUACUUCGCCCAGCACAAGAAAUACAGACGAUCUGAUCAAUCUGAUAAAGGAGCUUUCUGUUUCAAAUGCGAAGCUUAAAUCUGAACUAUUGAACAGUAAAGAUCAACUCUUGGAAGCACGAGAAGAAAUCAUUACACUAUCACGGAAAUCAGAUAGAGAUUCAACAGCGACAAGAAAGAGCACAGACUUGUUUAGUGAGAUCAAUAUGAAAGCAAAGACAAGGCGUGCUACUUCAGUCAAGGAAAAGAAGAAAAAGAAAGAGCCAAUGCCUAUUCGACACAAUACAGUGCUUCCUUCACCUUUGCCCACAGUCUCUUCUUCUAUGCCAAACUCCAUUUGUUCAGAAUCAUCGCCUGUUGUUCAUCAUCAUUAUCAUUACUAUGUCAAAGGCGAGCAAAUGGACGAUUCAAUGUCAGAUACAUCUGAGGAAAAGACUCGAGCACUUUUACAGGAACCAAAUCAACAAGACACAAUUGAAUCUUCAUCCCCUACAUCGUCUAUUCUUACUAUUAAAAGGGAUGGCACAACUGUUACAAAUCAAUCUCCCUAUUUUAUGUUACAAGAGCAUGUUGCACAAGUGUUGGACAGAUUAAGGGGUUCUGACAUUCGCACUUUGAACAGAAGACUGAAGCGAGCAUUUGAUAUUACUGAACUCAGUAGCAUGAGUAAUGCCAUAAUUGACAAUAUUCUUAUGGAUGUAGACACACUUGAAACAAGAUUCUUAUGGGUUACAGACACAGUUGGCUUUUUCCCUCUAUUAGACUUGUUCAAGGACAUGUUAAAAGAAUUAGGCCUACUCAAGUCUACUAUGAAUGAAUUACAGGUAGAUUAUGUCCAAAAGAUUGAAAAAAACGAGAUCAGAGUACAAGAAGAAAUCCUAAGAAAAAGACAACAAAAAAGAAGCCAAGUUGUUAAUGAACCAAAACCUUUAUCUUGGCUGAUUAACCUGUUUACUAAAGCAGAUCCCUUAACUCAUUCUAAUGUAUCUACACUCACAAAAACCACUACUAAUGCUUCUACUUUGAUACCAACUAUUGAAGAAGACGAGCAUCUUGUACGUAAAGAAGAAGAUCGCGCACCGCGAAACACAUUUCCCCGUCCUAUUCCUGAAACUAAAAGACGCCCUAAACCAAUAUUUAAUACGCCACCUACGCAUGCACCUAUAAUGCAUACUUCUUCAAGUACAGGUACCAAUCGCUCUGCUGUUCAUAUUCGAAACAAACGCAGUCUACAUCGAAUCCAUAUCGAUUAUGAAGGAAUUGGGCCUGCUGCUAUUCGCCCUAUCCCAUCUGAUAGAGAUCUUUCUGUUACAGCCAAUUUCUCAUCCAGUUGGUUAGGCGGUAAAUAAUCAUUUUGUACAUCUAAUUUUUGCUAUCAUUUUAUUCCAUCUUGUACCAUACAAACAAUAAAAAAUUUACAUAUUAAUAGAAAUCCCCAUAUUCAUCA